AUGACUGUUACUGAGACGAUCAAGAACACUGUUGGCCUCGGGGACAGCACCGCUGCCUCCCGGCAAGAAAUGUCCGACGCCCGUCUUCCCCUCCAGUACCGUGACUCGUGUGCGAACCUCCUGAUCCCAUUGAACCGAUGCCGACAGGCGGAAUACUACCUUCCCUGGAAGUGCGAGGACGAGCGUCACAGCUACGAAAAGUGCCAGUACGAGGAAUUCAAGAAGCGUGUCGCCAAGAUGGACGAACUUCGUGCGGCCAAGGAUGGUGCCCGGAGCAAUUGA